AUGAUGUGGCAAUGCCACCUCUCAGCCCAGGACUACCGCUAUUACCCCGUGGACGGCUACUCCCUGCUAAAACGCUUCCCUCUUCAUCCUCUUACAGGACCCAGAUGCCCUGUGCAAACAGUGGGACAAUGGUUGGAAAGCAUUGGGCUACCUCAGUACGAGAACCACCUGAUGGCUAAUGGAUUUGACAAUGUACAGUUUAUGGGAAGCAAUGUUAUGGAAGAUCAGGAUUUGUUGGAAAUUGGAAUCCUUAAUUCUGGACACAGACAGAGAAUUCUACAGGCAAUCCAGCUCCUUCCAAAGAUGAGACCCAUUGGUCAUGAUGGCUACCAUCCCACCUCUGUAGCUGAGUGGCUGGAUUCCAUUGAGCUGGGUGACUACACCAAAGCCUUUCUCAUUAAUGGCUAUACAUCGAUGGACCUGUUGAAAAAAAUCUGGGAGGUUGAACUUAUUAAUGUUUUAAAAAUCAGUUUGAUUGGCCACAGGAAACGCAUCUUGGCAUCUCUGGGAGACAGAUUGCACGAGGACCCUCCGCAGAAGCCCCCUCGUUCCAUCACCCUCAGGGAACCCAGUGGUAAUCACACUCCUCCUCAGUUGUCUCCAUCACUUAGCCAAAGCACUUACACCACUGGUGGCUCCCUAGACGCUCCUCACAUUAUCAUGCAGGGCGAUGCCAGGAGGAGAAGAAAUGAGAACUACUUUGAUGAUAUUCCCCGAUCAAAGCUGGAGAGGCAGAUGGCUCAGACAGGGGACUGGGGAGAACCUUCCAUCACCUUGCGACCUCCAAAUGAAGCCACAGCCUCAACUCCAGUCCAGUACUGGCAGCAUCACCCAGAGAAGCUCAUCUUCCAGUCAUGUGACUACAAAGCUUUUUAUUUAGGUUCCAUGCUGAUAAAAGAGCUUAGGGGGACAGAGUCAACACAAGAUGCUUGUGCAAAGAUGCGGGCUAACUGUCAGAAGUCUACAGAGCAAAUGAAGAAAGUCCCCACUAUUAUUCUUUCGGUCUCAUAUAAAGGAGUCAAAUUUAUUGAUGCAACAAAUAAGAACAUAAUUGCUGAACAUGAAAUUCGUAAUAUCUCCUGCGCUGCCCAGGACCCAGAAGACCUCUCAACAUUUGCUUAUAUCACGAAAGAUUUGAAGUCCAACCACCACUACUGUCACGUGUUUACUGCCUUCGAUGUGAACUUAGCCUAUGAAAUCAUCCUAACCCUGGGACAGGCAUUUGAGGUCGCUUACCAGCUAGCUCUGCAAGCAAGAAAAGGAGGGCAUUCCUCCACACUUCCAGAAAGCUUUGAAAACAAGCCCUCCAAGCCCAUCCCCAAGCCCCGAGUUAGCAUUCGCAAGUCAGUGGCUCUGCAGACAUCCUGUCCCAACAGGCUGGUAUGA